CUCGGCGGAGGCUGCCUUACAGCCCCCACAGCCGCCGGUCCGCCUCAGGGAAAAGGACUCAGAAGCCCACCUCCCUACCGGGGUCCUGACUCUCCCCCCACCCCAUCUCGUGGGCCCUUCCGCGCUCCGGGAACCUCGGACUCGAGGGGCACGGGGCUCUGGGGGAAGGGACCGCGGCUGGUGGAAGGGAAGCGCAGAGGAUGGAGGAGUGUUUUUACCAGGAAAAUCAAUGAUGGAAGGUGAACAGGACAGAGAGUUCAUUUUGAGAGGGUGAAGCUUUCCUGUACUUUCACCCUCCCUCUUCAACAACACCAACCCCCUCAGGGGAUCAUCUCUCAGAGAUUGGAAGCUGGAACCUGUGCUCUUGUGUCACUGUGGCUGCAUGUUUAGUAUGCAGAUCCUGCCUCUUCGCUAAUGAGAGGGAGAAUGGGGACCCAGGGCAGCCCUGUGAAGAGCUAUGAUUAUCUGCUCAAAUUCCUGCUGGUAGGAGACAGUGAUGUUGGAAAGGGAGAAAUCCUGGAGAGCCUUCAAGAUGGAGCAUCUGAAUCCCCCUACGCCUACAGCAAUGGGAUAGACUAUAAAACAACUACAAUUUUACUGGAUGGCAGACGAGUCAAGCUGGAACUUUGGGAUACAUCUGGUCAGGGGAGGUUUUGCACCAUUUUCAGAUCCUACUCCAGGGGUGCUCAGGGAAUUCUUUUAGUAUAUGAUAUCACAAACCGCUGGUCCUUUGAUGGCAUAGAUCGAUGGAUAAAGGAAAUCGAUGAGCACGCUCCUGGUGUUCCCCGAAUUUUGGUGGGAAAUAGGCUCCACCUGGCCUUCAAGCGGCAGGUGCCAACAGAGCAAGCCCGCUCCUAUGCCGAAAAGAACUGCAUGACCUUCUUUGAGGUCAGCCCCCUGUGCAACUUCAACGUGAUUGAAUCCUUCACAGAACUGUCCCGGAUUGUUCUCAUGCGACACGGCAUGGAGAAGAUCUGGAGGCCCAACAGAGUGUUCAGUUUACAGGACCUCUGCUGUCGAGCAAUUGUCUCCUGUACCCCAGUCCAUCUUAUCGACAAGCUUCCACUGCCUGUCACCAUCAAAAGUCACCUGAAAUCCUUCUCCAUGGCCAAUGGAAUGAAUGCGGUGAUGAUGCAUGGACGCUCAUAUUCCCUGGCUAGCAGCGGGGGUGGGAGCAGCAGCAAAGGCAAUAGCCUGAAGAGGUCUAAAUCCAUCCGUCCUCCACAGAGCCCCCCACAGAACUGCUCACGAAGCAACUGCAAGAUCUCUUAGCAAAAUGAAGAACUCAGUGAGCGUAAAGACACCCACACCCACCCACCCACCCAUGUACAAAUGUUUGCACAUUCAACUCUCUUAAAAGAAAAAAGAAAAAAAUGGAGCCCGCUGUUAUUCCUUGGUUACUCUCUUGCCAGGGUAUUUCACUUAGGGAAUGUUCCUGAUGGUGUGCUUGGAGUCUUGGGUUGGCUGGAUCCCAUGUCGUUGGCAGGGAAGACUUGGACCCUACACCCUAUCCAGAAAGCUUUGGGAUUUCCUCUUCACUUAGUCAAAGAGAAGGUGGAAGAAAAAUAUAUAUGAUUGCUGGGAGGGAAAACAAUUUAGCUAGUCUCAAAAGGAAUGGAUUAGUGGAGACUAGAGAGGUAUAGGGUGUGGUGAGGGGAACCUGUGCUACCGCAUGAACCCAUAAACUCAAAUGAAUUGCCGGUGCUAUAGAGGUCCUUGAUUUAAAAUAUAAAAAACAAGACUGAAAGGGUUUGGGGGAUGGCAAAUUUGCGGUAGAUAGUACUGCUAUUGCCAAAAAAAAAAAAA